GUUAUCUUCAGAACAGGUGUGCAGCAUUACAGCUGCCCUGGUGUGGGUAAUCUAACAUGACAAUGCUGAGCUCCACCAUGGGAAAAUACACAUUAAAGGGAGUAUUGGUGUUCCUGGCCCUUGUGGGGCUGGUGGUAGCACCAGCUUCUGUAUCCCGUGGAUACGGAACAAUGUGUGUGGUGGAGGAAGACACAAACAGGGUGUUGAUGCAGUAUGACGUGAUCAUGUUCCAAGUACUGAUGAGUCGAUCAUCUAUCAGUCUAGAGCAGGAAGUAUCACAAAGCUGGUCCAGAAUCUCCACGUAUGAAGAAGCAUCAACACUGCUGAAGCUGCAGAGAAAGCUGGAAGGGGAGAAUGUGUUGCAGACUCUCGUUGUCAUCAAUACACAACCCGAGUUGCUGAAUAAUGAUCUCAUACAGAGAGCUCUGUUAAAAGUUCAGACCACAUUAGAAGAAGAAGAAGAAUUGCUGGAAAUGCACUUUGGAAAGAAAACAUCACCAAGCAAACAUGUUGUGCUGACAAGCGAUGCCUUUCAGAGCCUCCGGACACAGCUUCAACGUUCAGCAUCUGAAGCUGACGAGGAUCAAACUCUGCAUUCAGCAGAAUCACCAAGCAAACUGGUUGAAGUCAGUGGUCAGUGUGAACCACAAUUACAAAACCUGCUUGCAGCUUAUGCACAAGCAAGAUUGCUGGACCAACAAUUACAACUGAUGAAGGAAAUGGUGAGAAAGUUCGAUGGACCACUUGACUUUAACUCCAGAAAUGAAGCAUCACCAAUAAGCAGGGUGGUAUUGACAAAGGAUGCGUUUCAAAGCCUUCUGAGACAACUAAAACUUGACACAACACCAGAUGAAAAAGAAGAUGAUGAGUCAUCUCAGAGUCUAGAGGUGGAAGUGUCCGGAAGCAAACUGGUUUUAUCCGAAGACCAAACUGCAUCACCUCUCAUGCUUCAGAAAGAGAUCUUUAGUAAAAUGGUAUCGCAAACUAUGAAUGCACUUCAUGGACAAUCAGGAUUCCAGGACCAGCUGAAGAUGCUUGAAGGAGUGCUGGACCAGAAAUCACAACAGAGUCUAGAGAAGACGGAAUCACCAAGCAAACUGAUUGCCCCGGUAACAUUCCAAAGACAGUUCCUCAGUAAAAUGGUAUCGCAAACUCUGGAUGCACUUUAUGGACAAUCAGGAUUCCAGGACCAGCUGAAGAUGCUUGAAGGAGUGCUGGACCAGAAAUCACAACAGAGUCUAGAGAAGACGGAAUCACCAAGCAAACUGAUUGCCCCGGUAACAUUCCAAAGACAGUUCCUCAGUAAAAUGGUAUCGCAAACUCUGGAUGCACUUUAUGGACAAUCAGGAUUCCAGGACCAGCUGAAGAUGCUUGAAGGAGUGCUGGACCAGAAAUCACAACAGAGUCUAGAGAAGACGGAAUCACCAAGCAAACUGAUUGCCACGGUAACAUUCCAAAGACAGUUCCUCAGUAAAAUGGUAUCGCAAACUCUGGAUGCACUUUAUGGACAAUCAGGAUUCCAGGACCAGCUGAAGAUGCUUGAAGGAGUGCUGGACCAGAAAUCACAACAGAGUCUAGAGAAGACGGAAUCACCAAGCAAACUGAUUGCCCCGGUAACAUUCCAAAGACAGUUCCUCAGUAAAAUGGUAUCGCAAACUCUGGAUGCACUUUAUGGACAAUCAGGAUUCCAGGACCAGCUAAAAAUGCUUGAUGGAAUGCUGGAUCGGAUGAAAUACCCAAGGGAAGCUGCAUUUCAGAGCUUUAAUGAUCUGCAUCAGGAUGUCUGGUUGAGUAGAGAGGCAACAAGGGAGAGAACUGUGCAAGGACAGACUUCAGCUGCACAGAACAAGUCAAUGUUGAGAACGUUCUCUCUUCCACAGUUCUCUUUCCUGGCAUAA